GCGGAACUAGUGUGAGGAGCCAAUAGGAGUCGGCGAUGGUUCAGCGGAGGCAACGGCCGCUCGACCAAUCCCUCGCCACUAAAACCGAGCACCAAAUUUGUAUUUUUGUACACGAGCUGCCGCUUGUCCCGGUUUCAGACCCGGUGGAGGAAACGAAGAUGAUGGAUGCACUGUCAGUAGUGAGUCAGCUGCGGGACCUGGCCUCCGAGCCGCAGAACCGAGAGGUGAUCGUCCAGGAUCAGGGCUGUCUCCCCGGCCUGGUUCUCUUCCUGGACCACCAGAACCCGGACGUGCUACUUGCAACUCUUCAGACGCUGCGCUACUUGGCUGAGUUGACCCCCAACAUCUCCACCAUGGCUAAUGAACUGGGUAUGAUGGUGAGCUUGGAAAAUCUAAUUGGGAGGGACAGCUUGUCUGUUGACAUCACUUCCUUGGCCAAAGAGCUGUUUGACAUUCUGAGCGCGCCCGUGCCGCGCGUACCUGAGCGGCAGAGUAGGAAGAAGACUCAGUUCUUCAUCAACUCUGCCCAGAAGAAGGCCAAGUCUGUCACGCUUCACAUCCAUGGGCUGGACAGCACUGACCAGCGAGGUUUGUGUGAGGAGGCUCUUCUAAAGGUCAAAGGAGUGAUCAGCUUUACCUUCCAGAUGGCCUCCAAGAGAUGCACGGUCCGCAUCCGAUCCGACCUGCCCACCGAGAGUCUGGCAUCCGCCAUUGCUGCCACUAAGGUAUUGUCCGCUCAGCAGGUGGUAAAGAAUGAGGCAGGAGUAGAGGUUUUUAUCCCUCUAAACCCGUCCGAAGUGGAGGUGCAGCAGAACUUGGCUCUUCCGGACUACCUCCCCGAAGAGGAGAGCCCAAAGAGGGAGGUCGACCGAGCAAUUUCCCGCACCACAGCGAAGGAGGAUUCCAGCGGAAGCUGGCUCGGCUCCGCCGCCAGUUUCCUCACCAAAACGUUCUACUGGUGAAGCUGGAGCGGUUUGGUUCUCUGCGACGCAAAGUCGUGCUCAAAGACUCCAACUGCUGUUUGUUACAGAAGAGGACAUAAAUGGGUGUUAGCACUGGCUUUGUGCGCACGGCCAACUUCAACAACUUCUUGUAAUUACUAAAGUUAUCAACUUUAUUUGAAUGGAGACACUUGAUAUUUUGUCUCUGGACUUUUUUUCUAUCCAUUUGAUUUUCAUUACAUGUACAUAUUUUCUUAUCAGUCGAACUGUCCAUUUUCUCUCGCAUGUAAAGUAGCACGUAUAUGACUGUUGCCGUCUAUACAGUUGGAAAACUGCUUUGUAGUUUUGGUUUAUGCUAAAAUAAAUUCUUAUUCAAUUCUGUA